AUGGACCUGCCUUAUUACCACGGCCCCCUGUCCAAGAGAGACUGUGAGAGCCUGCUGCUCGCAGAGAGGGUGGACGGCAACUUCCUACUACGCGACAGCGAGUCUGUGCCAGGUGUCCUGUGCCUCUGUGUCUCGUUUAAAAACAUCGUCUACACAUACCGCAUCUUCAAGGAGCAAUACGGGCAAUACCACAUAGAGACUGCGAAGGGCUGUCCCAAACAAGUCUUUCCCAACCUAAAGGAAUUGGUCUCCAAAUUCGAGAAACCAAACCAAGGACUGGUGUUCCCCCUUCUAUACCCGAUAAGGAGAACCAGCCCCUGCCUGCGCUGGAGGCGGUCGAAGGUGGACUUGGAAGAUACUUAUGAGAACUCUAGCAGUGACUACGUGGAGGUGGUGCCUUGA